AUGUCGCGCCGUAUAGAAAGCGUCUCUGAUGCGAUAUCCAAAGCUCCCAUGGCUAUUCGAUUGACACCGCAUAUAUUGAGCGUCAUUGACUGGUCGGAUCCUGUGAACGAUCCUAUUCGGCGCCAGUUUAUCCCGUUAGGAAGCGAACUAUUACUCGAUCAUCACGGGCUAAAGCUUGAUUCUCUCAACGAGGAGCACAAUUCACCGGUUAAAGGCUUAGUCCAUAGGUAUCCCACCAAAGCCCUGUUUUUAGUUGGAGCCAAUACCGACACUGUGACCAAAAACUCUCUCAAACCCACAAAGCGACGCUGGGACGAAGUUUUUAACUACAUAGAAAAUACUCCCCAACUCAACGAUAUAGUGGUGUCAGGAGGCGACUCCUUCUAUCUUUCGCCUGAGCAACUCUACGACAUCGGAAAGCGUUUGCUUGAAAUCCCACACAUCAGACGAUUUCGGUUUGCGACAAAGGGCCUGGCAGUUGUCCCAUGUCGCAUUUUGGACCCUCAGGAUACCUGGAGCGCUGCUUUAAUCGCAAUAUCUGACAUGGGAAAGAAGAUGGGCAAGGCGGUUGCUGUCCACACCCAUUUCAACCAUCCAAAUGAAAUUACUUGGAUUACCAGGCUGGCUGCUCAAAAGCUUUUCGAGAAUGGGGUCACUGUGCGCAACCAGACAGUUCUUCUACGCGGAGUCAACGAUAAUGUGGCGGUAAUGAAGAGGCUCAUACAAAAUUUGGCGGAUAUCAACAUUCUGCCCUACUACGUUUAUCAAGGAGAUAUGGUGCGAGGUGUAGAGGACCUUCGGACGCCGCUGUCAACAAUACUUGAUCUUGAAGCACAGAUUCGUGGAAGCAUCAGUGGCUUCAUGACCCCACAGUUUAUUGUAGACCUUCCGGGAGGCGGUGGCAAGCGUCUGGCUUCAUCUUACAAAGAUUACAACAGAAUCACCGGGGUGUCCACGUUUGUGGCUCCAGCUGUUACGGGGGAUCCCAACACCGUCUUCAAAUACCAUGACCCAGUAUGGAGUAUUACAAGUCAUUAG